AUGAAAUGGUACAAGAUUUCUUUUUUGCUCCUGAUUGCACUCCUGGUGUACUUUUGCCAAGAAGAUGCGUCAUUCCACCUGAUUCGUGUGGAGAAAACACCAGACGAGCGUCCCGCCUACAACCCUCAACUGUCUGUUAUAACCGGCAAAGCUGCGAUAAGCAGAAAAGUUCAAUUUGAUUGUGAAUGUCUGUUUGGUUCCACCUGUUGUCCAAUAACUGAUGCAGGUGGCUAUUACUGCUGUCCUUACACUCAUGGCAAGUGUUGUGAUUACAAUUUUUGCUGUCCUGUUGACACCAGAUGCACGGCUAUGGGCCGGUGUGAAGAACCUGAUCAGUCCGUAAGAAAGCAAGAUAACACUACAGAUGUUUUGGAGUUUUAG